GUGACUAAUUUUGAGGGUGUGUGCUUCAAAAACCUCACAAAAAUGUGGAAAGCUGGCGUUGAAGUGUCCGUCUCAUCGAAUAAGGAUGAUGAUGAUGAUUGGGAAACUGAUCCAGAUUUUGUGAAUGAUGUGUCUGAGAAGGAGCAGCGAUGGGGAGCCAAAACUGUUGAGGGAUCAGGACAUCAAGCGGCUUUUGAUAUGGGUGACUUCAGAGAAGGUGUGAAGAAAGAUGACAAAGACUUCAAGAAAAAGGAGCUGGAGUCGGGUCCCAAAGCAUCCUAUGGAUAUGGAGGACAGUUUGGAGUUCAGAAGGAUAGGAUGGACAACAGCGCUGUGGGACAUGAUUACCAGGCGGGUUUAGCUAAGCAUGCGAGUCAGACAGAUGCGGCCAAGGGGUUUGGGGGAAAAUAUGGUGUACAAACAGGACGCAAGGAUAAGGCUGCUGUUGGUUGGGACCACGUGGAGAAAGCUGCACAGCAUGAGUCACAAAAAGACCAUUCGAAAGGCUUUGGCGGUAAAUAUGGCGUACAAAAAGAUCGCGUUGAUAAAUCUGCCGAGUCGUGGGAUUACCAGGCAAAGCUGGCUGAGCAUGAAUCACAAAAGGACCACUCGAAAGGAUUCGGUGGCAAGUUUGGUGUCCAGACUGAUCGUCAGGAUAAGUCGGCCACUGGUUGGGAAUACCAGGCCAAGCUUGAAGCUCAUGAGUCACAAAAAGACUAUUCAAAAGGUUUCGGAGGUCGGUACGGCCUUCAGACGGACAGACAGGACAAGUCUGCUGUCGGCUGGGAUUACCGUGUCAGGCUCGAGAAACACGAGUCGCAGAUAGAUUAUGCAAAGGGAUUUGGCGGGAAGUAUGGCGUCCAAUCAGAUCGUGUCGACAAGUCCGCCCUUGGUUACGAACACCAGGAGAAGUUACAGCAGCACGAGUCACAACUUGAUCAUUCGAAGGGCUUUGGUGGUAAAUAUGGCGUCCAGAAAGAUCGUCAAGACAAGUCUGCUGUUGGAUACGAAAACACAGAAAAGUUACAGCAACAUUCAUCUCAAACAGAUCAUUCCAAAGGCUUUGGUGGUAAAUACGGUGUCCAAACAGAUAGGGUGGAUAAAUCCUCCAAGGGAUGGAGCGAAGGACAGACGACAGAUCUACACUCCUCGCAGACAGACCAAAGCAAGGGUUUUGGUGGCAAGUUUGGCGUUCAAAAGGAUCGCCAGGAUAAAUCUGCAGCUGGCUUUGAAGACCAGGGAAAGAUCGGGACGAAUUAUGUGCCAGCAAAGCCACAAGGAAGUUCACAAGGUGCUAAGAACCUGCGGGCGAGGUUUGAGAACAUGGCGGCAGGGGCUGACGAGGAGGCGAAGAGGAAGGCAGAAGAGGAACGAACGAGGAGGCAAGCCGUCGAGAAGAAAGAGAAGGAGGAAUGGAAAAAACGAGAAGAGGAACGACAAGCCAAACUUGCUGAACAAGAACCAGAAGAAGAAGAAGAGGAAGAACCAGCACCCCGAGAACCAUCACCAGAGCCAGUGCGACAGCCUCCUGUACGUCUGCCUGAAGUGGUGCCGCAGCCAGAACCAGUGCGGCAACCGUCGCCCGAACCGGAACCACAAUACGAAGAUGCAGCAUACCUGCAGACAGAUUAUGAGCCAGAAGAUACGUAUGCUGAGGUUGAUGUAGCACCGGCGGUACCGCAGCAGGAUUACGAGGAUGAUGAUGAAAUGUACCAGGAUGUGAAGGGAGAGAUUGUUGAAGCUGCUGAAGCUGCAAGUUCAAUGACUGCGAUAGCGUUGUAUGACUAUCAAGCAGCUGAUGAAGACGAGCUGACGUUUGAUCCGGAAGAUGUGAUAACGAAUAUUGAAAUGAUUGAUGAAGGAUGGUGGUCUGGCGAAUGCCAUGGCAAACGAGGUCUCUUCCCUGCAAAUUAUGUCGAGUUAAAAGAGUGAGAAAGAAGAACAGUGACAUUAUUAGGGAUAUUCCAGGGACAUUCCAUUUCUACAGGACAUUAUGCAUGCAGAUUAAUGCGACUUACCAAAUUUGUGAAUGAAAAUUUCUACUCAUGAAUAUGCAAUUGUGAUAGUGAAUUGCAUGAAAUGUGAGAUGAUUUCAAUCUUUAUGAAGAACUAGCAGCAAAUUGUUUUGUCAUUCUGUGGAGGAUCCAGAAAUUUGGGGUAGAAGGUAUGGCCCCAUCAGGAGAGCUGCAUCCCCUCCUGAAACUCUUUCUUCCAUGGAUUUUAUGUAGAUAAAGAAGACAAAGUUUACUGAGAUUCCCUGGAUUUGAAUGAUAAACUGUAAACCUGCAUGAGUAUUUUUAGGAAGUGUUUGUGAUAUACCUGUAAAAUUUCAAAUAGUAGCUGAAAUCCAAGAUACUCUGAUCCGAUAUUCAUUUCCAAGGCACGUACAUGUACUUACAGAGUGAUGGUGGUGGUGGAAUCGAAGAUGACAUGACCCACAUGUAGCAUACUUCGUUGUCGAUGAAAGAAUGGCAGACUGCAGGUCAAAAACAAUGUUGCUGCAACUAGCUCUUAAAGCUGACUGGUCAAAUAUUCUUACCCUUGUAAGGACGAUGUUGAGCAUUGGGAAAUUCGUGAUGUGCAUUCAAAUCUUCUACUGAAUAGAGCCAUUUCCCCAAUCAAAAGUACCAUACUGUAGAAUGUCCUCGUUUUCGAUUGUGCAUUGGGGGGAAAUGGCUUCAUUUCUGUGUGAUCUGUUUCAGCCUUCACUUGGAAAGCAUAUUUGACCCGUCAGCUUGAAUGUUUUGAAAUGCGAACCUGCUGGUAUUUCACCUCUGUGUAUGUGUAUAUAAUUGUAUAAAAAGAGUGGACAGUCUCUACGCAUGUAAAUUGCAGCUUUUGUAUAUCAGGUGUCUGCUCAAUUUUGUAAACCGAUAAAUUAGAAUUAGAAGUUAGAUUAAUAGUUAAUCGGAACGCUCCUGAUAUUACCUUCGUAAGUGGGUAAGCUUAUCGUAAUAUGCCAUAUGAUAUUUCAUAAAAUUUCAUAGAAGUCCUGGUUCAAGGGAAGAAUGCAGAUUUAGUACAUUAUUUUAAAAAUUUUCGUCGAUUUUCUUCAUAUUGUAUCAAAGUUCAAGUCUGAACAAAAGAAAAAAUUCCUGAUGAUAGUUGGCUAGUCCUAUUUUGAGAUUACUCAUUUGGAAUUCGUGACUUCGCAUUGACCUGAAGUACAGAUCACAGCAGUGAAUGGCUGCCUCAGUCUUUGGUUAACCACUUCUCUUCAUUAGGCCAAUGUUUUGGUGUAACAUGUAAUAACAAAGACUCGGGUACACCCAGAUUUUGGUCUGACGUCGUCAUGAUGCAAUGUACUCCGAAAAUAACACAGUGCUUGACAUUAUGUCAUUGCCGCAAAUGAUGCUGUAGAAACCCGUGGCCAACCGAAUGAUGUUGCAGAACGUCUCCUGGUGAAGUGGUAAUUCCUUGCCCUUACGUGUAUGCGAUGUCGUUUUUUAUUUUGGAUAAUUCAUACAAAAGGUGGUGCUAUAACAUGCCAGUCAUGUAAUCGGUGUCAUUUUGAGUCGAGAUCUCUUUGUUUAUUCAUGUACCGUAGAUCUCUCCUUUAACGCCGUGUGAUGGCCUUAUUUUGUCAAUUUCAGGUGAGGUGAAUACACCCAGUUUAAAUGAUACAUGUACGUUCCUUUGUGUGCAUGCAUAGAUCAUGUACGUUCAUAGAUCAUGUACGUUCCUUUGUGUGUAUGCAUAGAUCAUGUACGUUCAUAGAUCAUGUACGUUCCUUUGUGUGUAUGCAUAGAUCAUGUACGUUCAUAGAUCAUGUACGUUCCUUUGUGUGUAUGCAUAGAUCAUGUACGUUCAUAGAUCAUGUAUGUUCCUUUGUGUCUAUGCAUAGAUCAUGUACGUUCAUAGAUCGUCUACGUUCCUUUGUGUGUAUGCAUAGGUCGUUUCUAUAUGGCCCGCUAGAAAUGAUGGUAAUGAGCAUGGCAGUAGUUCAGUUAUAUUUCAAGUCAAUGCAAUGAGACUUGGCAAAUACUGUUAACAGCCAAAUUUCCACAGGCAUUUGUUUUCACGAUUGGAUUUCAAUGUGUUUUAUAUUAAAAACAUGUCCUCAGUUAUGUGCGAUAUGUGACAGCGUGCUAAUCAUAGUAAAAAUAAUGCAGAAUAGCAUUCCGCGAUGAUGAGGUCACUGCCGCUGCUGCCCUCUAUUUCCCCAUUGCUGAAUUACAGGCAAUGUCGGACAAACAUGCGGUUUCGUAAUGGAUUCAGGCUUUCUAACUAGGGCAGUUAGAUUCAAUCUAGCAUAUGUCCGAGUGUUGGAAAUACUACAUAAUUGUUCUGAAUAUUUCUCUCUCUGACUCUAUGGUAUCAUUCAUGCUAACAACAAUGCAGGGUCAAAGAUAAUUGACUUUGAAAUAAGCUCAAAUGCAUAGAAAUAAGUGUCGAUGUCCGACUGUCACGUGACUAAAACGUCAUCAAUAUCUUAUGCAAAUGACCUUGUGAGCUAUAAAUAGUAACUUCGCGGAAUGCUAUUAUGAUAUUUCUGUAUAAAUGACGUUGCGGGAAAGAGGUAUACUGUGUGCUGAGAUAUCCAUAACUUAACAAUAAACUAUGAAGUAUUUUA